AUGGACAUCGCCUGGCGGAGAUGGUAUCCCGCGUCGCUCGUCGAGCAGCGCAGUGGCAUGCGGACGCAGCAGCAGCAGCAGCAGCAGCCCGCAUACGGGAACGACUCAACAGGGAGGGAUGUUGUGGAGGAGGAGGAGGAGGAGGAAGAGGAGGAUCAAGGACGAGACACAUGGCCCGAAAAGAACCACCCCUCCUUCGGGUCUGCGGCUUGGGCGUCAUGGAACGAAGGAUGGAGGACGCUGGAUGUUCGCUGCAUCAUCUACCUGCAGCACAAAGUUCCUCUGGCGUCGUCUUUCCCCCUCCUACUUGGUCUUCCCCAGUUCUUCAGAGCUGGGAGGAGAGACAUGGAUAGAUAG